AUGUUGAACCCUACAUUUGUUCUGUGGGAUGUUGGAUAUCCCUUAUAUACCUAUGGCUCCAUCUUCAUCAUUAUCCUAAUUAUUUGGAAAGUGAAAAGGAGCCCCCAAGGAUUAAGAUUGGGACCUGCCAGGAGCUGCUGCCAGAGUCACCGAAGAGUCAGACAAAGGGCUAGAGAUAGAACAUCAAGAGCUGGAAGAGCUUCCCAGGAAGAAGCUGAAAAGCCACAGAAGCUGCUCUCUCUCCUAAAAAGUCAGGGCUGGCUUCCUAAGGAGGGAAGUGUGCGGCGGCUCCUGUGUGCGGAUCCCAGCUGCCAUGUCUGCAAUGCUGUGGCUUGUGAGAUUCAGCAACUGCUGGUGGGUGAGAAAACCCUGAUCUCCCCCAUUUCAUCAGAGUCAUCACUGGUCUCUUCUUGCCUAGAUAUUUUGUCCAUGUCUAAUGGCUCUUUUGAGCAGAGUCUGGAACAGCCUUCCCAGCAGUCUAGAGAGCUUUCACUGGCAUCUCUAACCUCCAUACCCCCACAAUUAAUGGAUCAGAAAUCCUUAAGCCAGACAGCUGCCAAGUCACCCAGUACAGACAGCAUCCGAGAUUACUGCACUGAACACGUGCAACACAGGCAGGGAUUUCGACUACCAGAUGUGUCUGGGGAUGCAGACCCGCUGUCUUCCUCAAGCCUUGAGGAGCCUAGGAUUCCUGUCAACCAGCAGAAGAGGAGGAAGAGCAACUCUGAAUUUGUCCAGGAGAAACAAACUGAGGGUAAUUCCCUGUUGCAGAUUCUCAUCCAGGCCAGGACUCAAGAGUUGCAGGGUGUGGUAAAGGAAACCCAUACUCACAAAAGCCUCACCCUUCCAGAAGCUGAUUUGGGAGAUAAGCUGAAGCAUUUCCUGCACUGGAUUAACCCUGAGAUAAAAGGCCAAGAGCACGAGGAAUCCACUGUCUACUCUAAGACUGAGACAGAGGCCAAAGCCAGGAUGAAAAGGGUUGAAAAGAGCCUGGCCCCCACCAAAGACCCUGCAGGGGAAGCUAAGUUGGAAAACACACCAAGGAACCCCAAGGCCCAGCCUCCCCGCACUGAGGGGGAGAGUCAGACCGUUUUCAACACCCUCCAGUUCCCAGAUAAUCAGCACCAGCGAUGUUCCCUUCAGUCCAUCUUUCCUGGGUCCUUGUCCUCAACUGACUUGUGCCACCCAACCAGAAAAUCCACUCCAGGUCUCAACUGUUACCUCAGUGGAAGCGUCAUCAAAAAGUCAGAAAAGGGGCUAAAGAUGGAGCACCAGGAGGGCUGGCUUCCUCAGGAGGGAAGUGUGCGGUGGAUCCUUUGUGCAGACCCCUGCUGCCGCGUCUGCAAUGCUGUGGCUUGUGAGAUUCAGCAACUUCUGGAGAGCAAGAACAUUUCAUCGGGGGCAUCGCAGGUCUCUUCUGGCCUAGAGAUUAUGUCCAUGUCUAGUGGCUCUUUUGAGAACAGUAUGGAGCAGCCUUCCCAGCAGUCUAGAGAGCUUUCACUGGCAUCCCUAACCUCCACACUGUCACAAUUAACAGAUCAGAAAUCCUUAACCCAGACAGCUGCCCAGUCACCCAGUAUCCUCAGCAUCCAAGAUUACUUGGCUAAACACUUGAAUCUAGGACAGGGACUUCCACCAUCAGAUGUGCCCAGAGGCAUAGAGUCUGUGACUUCUUCAAGGCUUGAGGAACCUACGGUUGCAGUGAACCACCAGAAGAUGAAGGGAAACUCUGAGACUGUCCAGGGGAACCAAGGCCAGCAACUUCUAAAGUCCCAAGUUCCUUUGCUGCCCCUGAACCCAGAGCUCACUAACAUGACACAUCCUAUGGCUUUGCAUAUGGCCACUGUCCUCCCUGCCCGCCUGCCUUUCCUCAGUCCUGAAGUCCUGAGGCUUCUUGAGUUACAUGUCAGAAAAUGGAUGCAUUUCCAGAAAUGGGGGCUCCCCAGACGUGUGGAGGAGUCCCUGAGGCAGCUUAUGCCAGACCCACCACUGUUUCACCAGCCUGGAAAUAACCACCCAGUUUCUUUCAUCCUGAAUGAUACUUCUAAGGCCUCUGUUGAAAAACUUGGGACCAUUUCCCACCAGACCUGGGGUUCAUGUAUGACUGGCCAGCCCAUCCAGGCCUUCUGGGUUUCUGAAUGGUCCAUUACAGACCCAGAACAAAGACACCACCGACAGCAAACCUCAAACUCUAUGGCUCUGGCCUUGCCCUCUCCAGCCCUUAAAGUCCUAAAGGGCAUGUGUCCACUGCCUCAGGGACACGCUGAUGACUCAGGGGGUCAUCUGCAGCAGAAACACAGCCAGUUAUUCUGUGGCCACCCUUCUCUGCACAGUGAGUCCUUGGUUGCCACCUUCUUGGGUUCUCAAGGCCUCUCCAUGAACAGGAAUAUGUCCAGGCCCCCCUUGCAUGUUCCUUUUCUUUUCAAUGAGCUCUCCUUCCUGCCGCUGCUGCCAAAAACUCCACCCCACUCACCCCCUCCUUGUACCCUACCUCCCUCACGUUGGGCCUCUGCAUCUGAUCAUCAACAAGCCCAGAUGAGUGUCCCAUUUCUGACUCUGGCUCAGUGUGAAGCCUUGGAGUGGCACCUGCUGCAAAGACAGCUCCAACUUCAGUGGGGUUUGCCAGCAGUUUUCCAGAGAACUCAGUAUGCCCACCGUGCUGAGCACCGUGACACAGAGCACUGUGACACAGCCCAGUCUCCUGAGACCAUAGACCCUCCCUGGCCAGGGAAAAACAUCUCAGUCCUCACAAGAGAACUCCUCUUCUUCCCAGACCAUGCCAGGAGGCUGCUGGAAUUCCACCUCCAGAAGCAAUUGAUUCACCAUCACUGGGGCCUGCCCCAGAAGAUCCAGCAGUCCAUUCAGUUGCUCCUGUCCCGCACUGACCAGCAGGCCCUGCCCUGGGACAGCACCGCCCUGGCCACUGUGGGUGUCUCCCAGCCUGCAGCCCCAGAGGCCAAUGCGUCUACUGAUCUGUUCUCACCCAAUACAGCCCCAGUGUGGUACCCCACGCCAUACGUGCUCACCAAAGCCAAGACAAUAUUGCAGAGCCACAUCGACUCCAAAUGUAGGCAGAUCCACCAGGGCACUGUCCCUGCCCUUGUGGCUAGCUCCUGGGACUAUAGAAUUCCUGGGGGCCUGGCAGUGGCUCCCUUACCCUGCAUUCCAGAAAGCAAGCCUGGGGAGCUGCAGGCAGCAACUGAUCCUGACCUACCUGGGGACGCUAUUCCCUGGAUGCCAACAGCCCUUGAUUGCCAGCAACAGGCCUCACCAGAUAUCAUCACUGAACACCCCAAGCUGCCCCGAGCCCUGUCCGAGGUAGCCAUUGAGAAACUAGAGACGACUUUACGGCACAAAUAUUUGGCCUUCUUGUCAGGGCUGCCUACUCUUUAUUAUGUGGCUCUCUCCAGGGCCAUGAUCCCAGCAAUCGCUAGUCAAUGUACAAUCACAGAGAUGGUACCUGAGCCUGUCAUGUGCCCAACAGAGCCUCAGACUCAGACAAUCUCGUGUGAAGACCAGCGUAUAGGUCCUGAGCCAGACUUUGAAGAUCCCAAUGAGACUUGUGCAGAGUUCCAGACUGAAGUGCAGGAGGAAGGUGCAAUGGAGAUAGUGCCUCCAGAGUGCCAGGAAGAUCCUGUUAGCUCCUACUCGCUCAAGACAGCCAUCUUGACCAAACUAAAUUUCCAUCUGAGAAAAAAGGCCCUGGAGAUACAAUUGGGAAUUCCCAUAAAGGCAAGGGAGUCCAGGGAACAAACUGUAGCAGUCCCAGAGAAGAUAUCCACAAAGGAGCCUCUUGAAGAGAGUCUGAACAGCCAAGGGAAAACAUUGCUCCAGGAACUCCCCAUCCCACCAGACGCUCCAUAUGCCCCAGACCCACAAUUGUCCCACCUGAAAGAAAGGCUGGCCAUUGAGCUAAAGGCUGUGCGGCAGAGCCAAAAGCAAGCUAGUUCCAGAGAAAUACCCCAUGGUUCUGCCCACUGGAACUCCAAGAUCUCACAGCCCAGUGGGGACAGGACAGAGGCCCAGGUGCUUUGUGUUCAGAUGGAAGCCAGAGUGAACAGCCCCAGCCUGGAGAAAGCAUGGAGCCCUGAACCCCACAGCCCUGGCAAGAGCAAGGACUCAGACCAAAUUUGCACGUUGACAGUGAAGAGAGAAGAUCCAGGGAAACCCAAAACAGCAGGGGGCCAUGGAGAAGGGGAUGCAGGGUUUGGGCUCUACACAACUGGAGAAAAAAGACACCCUGCUGAAGACCAGAGGCCAGCAGGGACGCUUCUGAACAGGACACACCGAGGACCCCGGCGAUGGAGCCAUAGCUUACCUCGUGCUGUUCCCGAUCAGCACAGCCCCCAGCAUCACCCUCAGUUGAAGCUCCCAGAGCAACCUCCAGGAGUCCCUGGGGAGAAAGCAUCUGAAAAGAAUGACCUGCAAGACAAUCAAAUCAAGCUAGGUGUCAUCAGCAAAGCAGCAAGGAUUCCUGAGACUGCCCAGUGUACGGUGCCCCAGGCUUCACAGACCCAGCCUUUCCUGGACCAGCUAAUUCAGGGGAAGCCUCUGCAUGGUCAGAUUUUGCAGGGGCCGGUGACGGUAGCCCAUGCUCACAAGAGCCCCAGCCUUCCAGAAUCUGGCUUGAGAAAUAAGAUGAAACGCUUUCUGCACUGUAUUAACCCCAAGGCGAAAGGCAAAGGGCACGAGAAGUCCAUUCUUUCUGCAGCUGAGAAAGUAGCCAAAACCAGGGAAAAAAAAGUUGGAAAGAUCUCAGCCACUACCAAAGACCCUGUGGUACGAGCUAAGUCCAAGAAGACAGCAGGGGACCCCAACUUCCAGUGUCCAUGCAAUGAGAUACAGGUGGGCCUGGCCUUCUUAGAUGGCCCUCAAUCUCGAGACAAUCAGCUCUGGCACUGCUCCUGUCCGGUCCACUCUGCCUCGGGUCUGAGCCAACCCCCCCACUGCCCUCGGCACUGUACUCGAGUGGCUUGUGCUUCCCAAUCAGGGCAUCUACUAUAGGUCCCAAUUCUCACCUCAGAGGAAACACUGAUCUGUCCAUGAUGACCCAGUGCCACCAAGGAGAAUAUGUAAGCCCCCAAACCUCGCAUGUUUCAAAGAGGACUGCUAUUGUCAUUUCAUUAAUGUGUA